CUAUCCUUAUUUUAAAGCGGAAGACGACCGAUGGAAGAAUAGUGUGCGGCAUAAUCUCAGCAUGAACCCGCACUUCCGGAAGGGAUCUAAGUCCAAGCAGGGAGCUGGACAUGUUUGGAUUCUAGCAGAUGAAGGACAGGAUACUUUACAGAUUGGUUCGUCCAUAAAGCUGAUCAGUAAUGAGGAUGAGGCAGCUGAAGCAGUGAGAAAUAUCCUUGGAGCAACAAAUUCAGAGGGAGAUAGAAAACGGCAGCAUUGUAAGAAACACCAUCGACCCAGUUUUGAUCCGCUCAGAAAAUCCGCGGAAGAAAUUUUGGCGGGAGUGAAGCGACCAACAGCUGUGGAGGAUAUUUUAGGGGUUAAGAGACCGGCCACAGAUUCAACUCUUGUACAUUACCUUGUAGCAGAUAAACAAGAUGGACAUAACUUGUAUAACCAUCCCAGCAAAAAGGCACAUCUAGCAUACGAGGAAGAACAUCUGAUGAACUCUCUUCCACUUAACCUAACCUCCCAGCCAGUACAACUAUCCAGCAGUACUGUACACCUCACCUCCCAGCCUGUACACCUUAGUACAGAUAUAACAGCAGAGAAUGGUUUAAGUUAUCAAGUGAAUUCACAAAAUGGCACAACGUACUGCACUUUAGAACAGAUGCACCCUGUAUCGGAGGGUGUUUACCAUUAUACAGACUAUACCCUGGACUACUCAAACUACGAUGCAGAGAACUUAGAGAGAGCACUUGGGAUGGAUUUCCAGGGAGUUCUGCACAGAGAACUUGCGGCUAAAUAAAAUACAGUGCGCACUGCGCAUAUCCGAUUGCCGCGCAACACAUUUUAGAUUGAAAAUUUAAUCAAAUAUGAUUAACCAAAACGUUAAUAUUGGUUCCUUUACAUAUAUUUUACUUUACUUUUCAUAAUCAAGAAAUAGUGGUUUACUCUAAUGUAUUAGAAUUAUCAUGUGAAAAUAAUGUAAUCCUAAUGAUUGUUAAAAUGUUGCCAUUAUUAUAAUGUUAAAUCUUUUAUGUCGCAUGAUAUACAAAGUCCUUCCAAUCUCCGUCCAUUGUAAACGAAGCAUAUAAAAAUACUAAAUGUUGACAGUAAACAACGCUUUUCUGACGAUUAAAAUUGUGAACAAAAUGGGAUGCAAAAAUAAAACCCUCAGUCUAAAGAUGCAUAGCUAGUUUUAUUGUUUUGAUCUCACAUGUUUAUUAAGUCUCCUUGUAAGUUGUAAUUCAUAUUAUUUAGAAAAUGUAUAACAUGUUUGCACUCUGCUGUCCCCUCUGCAACAUUUAAUGAAAAACACUGAGAAGAAUUCCUCACUUCUUCCUCGAAAUAUCAAACAGAAUGUAAGACAUUUUUUGUAUCUGUUCAUCAUUUUAAACAAAAGUUUUCGAAAUUAUUUAGAAUCGAGCCAAAUUGUAUGGGGUUUCUUAUUGUUUCUUAUUUAUUAACGGAAACUUACAUAGAAUAUUAUUAUUUAUUUCCCAUUUACAAAAAGGUUAUUCUGAAAUGCUAUUGAGGAAUGAAUAAUGCAUAAAAUCUAAUAAGAAUAGCUGCAAAAAUGUUUAAGAUGAUUUAUUUAAAAAACUGUGUGAAGAAAAUUAGUACCGAUCAACUCCAAAUUGUAUUGCUUACAUGUACUCCAAUAAUAAAUUAUACUUGUAUAUAUUUUAAAUGAUUCACCGCUUUUUACCGACUUUUUACCGAUUUCUAGUCAUUUUAAUCAAACUGAAUUGUUCCAACUGUACAGUAUUCUUAUAUGUAUUAUUUAAAAAUAUAUCAUUCAAUAAAUUUUAAAACAAAACAAAACCCUGACUAAAGUGUCACCCGUAAUAGCGUGGAAAA